UGGAGAAACUGGGCGUGGUUUUAACUACUGUAGUAUCCAAACUUCCGCAUUUCUGAAUUUAUAGGAUUGAAUGAAAUAAGCCAUUCUGUCCUGUAUUGACAAACUUUUAAUUCAUGACCGUUUAAAAACAGUUCACAGCAAAACAAAACUAAAAUAUUAAUACGUUACAUCUUGCCUACGAAGAAUACAUUAAAAAAAUACUCGAGAAAAGGAAUAUCUAUUAAAUUAUCGUCGCAUCUUUGUCGACAAUUUGAAGAUGUUAAAGGCAGUGAUUUUGAUCGGCGGUCCUCAAAAAGGAACUCGGUUCCGGCCUCUGUCAUUUGAGGUACCCAAACCUCUCUUCCCUGUGGCUGGUGUGCCCAUGCUCCAACAUCACAUUGAAGCCUGUGCCAAGGUGCCCAAUAUGAAGGAAAUCAUCCUGAUUGGGUUUUACCAGCCUAAUGAGGAGCUGAAUCGCUUCAUAGCUUCUGUCCAACAAGAGUUGAAAUUCUCAGUAAGAUACCUGCAGGAGUUUGCAGCACUGGGCACAGGUGGUAGCAUUUACCAUUUCCGAGACCAGAUCCUGUCUGGAGGACCUUCUGCGUUCUUCCUUAUGAACGCUGACGUUUGCUCCGAGUUCCCUCUGCAGGACAUGCUCCACUUCCACCAGCAGCAUGGAAACUCUCACUGUGGAGUUAUUCUCGGCACUACGGCUAACAGGAAGCAGUCUUUGAACUAUGGGUGCAUUGUGGAGAAUCAGGAAACAAAUGAGGUGCUUCAUUUUGUAGAGAAACCCAGUACAUUUGUAAGUGAUAUUAUCAACUGUGGCAUCUACUUAUUCACCCCAGAGAUUUUUGUCCACAUUGGGACAGUGUUUCAGAGAAAUCAAGAAGACAGGCUGCUAGAGGAGCCUUCAUAUGGCAGGCAGCUGCGGGAACUGAUCUGCUUGGAGCAGGACAUCUUUACAAUGCUGGCCGCACAGAAAAAACUCUACGUCCACAAAACUCAGCACUUCUGGAGCCAGAUUAAAUCAGCAGGCUCAGCAAUAUAUGCCAGUCGUUUGUACCUGAACCAAUAUAAUGAGACACAUCCUGAAAGACUGGCCAGUAACCAAGAAGGAGGCCCAAAAAUAAUAGGGAACGUAUACAUCCAUCCGACAGCUAAUAUUGACUCCACGGCUGUUCUGGGCCCUAAUGUCUCGAUAGGGAAAGGUGUAAUAAUCGGCGCAGGAGUUCGACUGAGAGAAUCAAUCGUCCUACAUGGUGCAACACUGCAGGAUCACUGCUGUGUGCUUAACAGUAUCGUAGGCUGGGACAGUACAAUUGGAAAGUGGGCGAGAGUGGAGGGGACACCGAGCGACCCCAACCCCAAUGACCCCUAUGCUAAAAUUGACAGUGAGACUCUGUUCAGAGAUGGAGGUUUGACUCCAUCUAUUACAAUACUGGGGUGCAACGUGAACAUUCCAUCGGAAGUCAUCAUUCGAAACUCGAUUGUACUUCCUCACAAGGAUCUAAACAGGAGCUUCAAGAACCAGAUCAUCCUCUAGAGAACUCUCUUGUCUACAGAAAAAGACAUAAAUGAUCUCGGCUCAAAAAGAAAUACUAUAGUGAUUGUAAAGAAUAUUUUUAUAUAGCAUAUACAGUAUUUGGUGUCUACAUGUUGGUGUAGGUUUACUGCUCUUUAGGAUUUUAGGUGCAUUUUUUUAAUGGUAUAAAUUGCAUAAUAAGGUCUAUCUGGUGAAUGAUUGUAAGUCAUGAUACAUUUCCUGUUCUGAAGAACAACCUGUGAGUAAUUUUCAGUGUGGUUGCUCAGAUAUUUAUCAGUCUCCAAGUAAACACCAUGAACAGGCAGAGCACUACGCACUUUGAAAGGUGCUGCUGAAGCAUUCAGGGAUGCAGAAGAUCCUUGCUUCUUGCAUGUAUGUAUGUAUGUUUACAUGAACUGAAGUGACUUUUAAGACUCAUCAUGUUCCGCUGCUGAUUAAUGUGAAGAUUUGCAAGAUGAGCAAAAUGAGAAUGUGUUCAAAUCAGCCCUGGAAUGUUGCAUUGGUUUGAACUGAAGCAUACAGUACACUCACUGUAUGUGUGAUUUCCUGAGAGUUUGUGGAAUGAUAAAGUUAACAUUCGAUAUAAAUUAUCAAUAAGUACACAGCGAAGCAAUUUGGAGCGAUAUGAAAUCCACAACAGGAUGACAAACAGAUUGCCGAGCCUCAUGUUUUUCGUUUUCCUACUUUUUAAUGAACAAAUAAUACACAUCAGAGCCGAAUGCA